GGGAAGAGAGGAGGAUCCUGAGUUGGGUAGAGGGAAAGAUAGGUGGGAGAUUCUGACCUUAUAGGAGAGGAAAAUGGUUCAUUUGGAUUGUUUGAUGUUAAAUAAAUGUUCACGUUUGUAUUUCAGGUUCUGCCACAUCGUGUUCAAAAAUGCCCCUCUCACCGACGCAGUUUCUGUUCAGAGCCAGGCCAGCACAGACAGGAUUGGAGAAAGGGACGAUCCUCGUCAGCAGAGAGAGGAAAUCUAUUGUGUGCCCUGAGGGGAGAGGGAUCUCUAGAGUGUAAAAAUGUGUGCUUGGGACCACGUGGGCAAGAGGUGAGGGUGAAGAAUCGGGCAGCCAGAGAACGAAGCUUCAACCCUUCCCAAGCAGAGCGCUGCAGAAGCCUGGUGCCUUGGCCAAGGAAAAGGGCGCGCGGACACGCGUUCGAGGCGGGGCCGGAGAGGAUCUCCUGGGCACCGCUCGCUCCCUGGCCGGUUUGCUUGCCCACAGUUGCUCCCUUAGUCCUUCGCUCGCGUGCGCAUCCCCUCCCACAGCAGGGAGUAGUUUUGGGUGCUGCGGGCUCCGUCCUUUUCUUGGCUGGUGGGAACCGUGUGCUCAAAAGAGGAAGUCUUGUGGGCCCAGCCCCUCCCAGCCCAGCGCCGAUGAGUGCCAGGGCGCCCAAGGAGCUGAGGCUGGCGCUGCCGCCGUGUCUCCUCAACCGGACCUUCGCUUCCCCCAACGCCAGCGGCGGCGGCAACGCGAGCGCCCGUGGCCCAGGCGCAGGCGGCGGUAGCGGCGGCACCUGCAUCACGCAGGUGGGACAGCAGCUUUUCCAGUCCUUCUCCUCCACGCUGGUGCUGAUUGUCCUGGUCACCCUCAUCUUCUGCCUCAUCGUGCUGUCCCUCUCCACUUUCCAUAUCCACAAGCGUAGGAUGAAGAAGAGGAAGAUGCAGAGGGCUCAGGAGGAAUAUGAGCGGGAUCACUGCGGUGGCAACCGCGGCGGGAGGGGGCUGCCCCAACCCGAGGGAGGCCAGGCUUCGACCCAAGGAAAAGAAGCCCGGCUGGAGAGGCAGGCCCGGGACUCUGUCUUCUGCGCCCCAUCCAGCGCUUCUUCUUCGUCUUCUCCCCCUGGCCUCCCAUGCCAGGCUCCCUGUGCUCCGCCUCCACCGCCGGCCCCCAGUCCGCAAGGAGCACACACAGCCUCCUCCUGUUUGGACCCAGUUGGCGAGGGCCUUUUGCAAGCGGUGGUACUAUCCUGAUUGUCUAGCCCCUCUCCUCUUCCCUUCCUCCUUUCCAGCAUUUUUGCCGUCCUUGCUUUUUUUUUUUUUUCUUUUUCUCCCUUCCGGUCUUUCUCUUCCACUUUCCUGUGGCCUCCCUUUCCUUUUCCCUUUUUCCUUAUCUGUCCUCCCCCUCCUCUGUUUCUCCUCCGCCGAGGCACUGUGCGGUAUUUGUAAAUAUUGGGCGAGGGAAGUCUCGGAAGAAGAAAUAACGCUGAUAAUACUUUAUUAUUAAUAUUUAUAGUAAUUAUUAUAAUAUUAAUUACACGAUCCAAGCGCAUGACAAAUCACAUAAUUUCUCAUUGUCAAUGAAAGACGCAUCUUCCCUUUCCACCCUGCGCCCCCCACAAUACGGAGGAGAAACCGCACAAGCUACCAAAUAUGUAAAAGGCAUUGACCCCUGGAACAAAGGGAGUGGAGGGGCCUGGUGUGUUGUACAUAGCUGUCAAGUUAAGGUUCAUUACCUUUCUUCUCCUUAACCCCCAAAGCUUUCACUUUUCCUUCAGCUUCCCUCCCUUCCCCAUUCCUACUUUCAGCUGGGCUCAGGCAAUAGUACACUAUAAAGAAAACGUAAACUUAAGCACCAGGACUACAAGAGGCCACAGAGACUUGUCCCAGAAAAACGUUUAUGACAGGGACCGCUCUCCAGCCAGCCCUCUUCUUACCUUCAGUUUCUCUUUUCUAGGACCAGGCAUUUUAAUUUACUUUUAGAAAUGCCCCUUGCUGGUCGAGCAUAAGUUCAUUGAAAAUCUUUUAAAUGAGUUUAAAAGACAGAAUCUAGUCCUUUAUCCUUGCCCCACCCCCACCUGUGCACCUUUGACUUGUGGCAUUUCAGGAUUCACAGAGGAUCCGGGAGCUGUCCAGCUAGAUCUGGUGCUGAAAUUGUCUCAGAACUGAUUACAUUCUUUGAUUGUGCAGGUGCAAAAGGGGCUAUUUUGGAAAGUGAAUAUGCUAGCUUUUUGUUGGUUUCUUUUCUCUUUUUCUACGGUCGGGUUUAUAUGUACUUUUGGUUUUCUUCUUAUUAAACAUUGCAUACAUUACCCUUUUUUUUUUCUUGUAAAAAAUAAAUUAGGCAAUGUGCAGUACUGAAAGUGCAGUGUUUAACCAACCAGAAUGUUUCUGUUUAAUUUUUAGAACACGUGCUCCUUUGUUAUAUAUUUAUUAUAUUGGUACCAAAUACAAAAGCAAACUAUAAUUCUGUACUAUGUUCUCCAAACUGUAUAUUCUUGUUCUUAAUUAGCUGUUGAUAUAAUGGUUACCACUGGAUGAGGAUUUCAGUGGUGCAGGCCUGGCUUCUGUUGUUUCCAGAAGUGUUCUUUUGUACCUUACUCUGUAGUAGACUGUUAUAAAAAGAUGAUACUUAUGUUUUCUUAUUUCUUUUGCAAAUGACAGAGACAACCACAACAGAAAACAAACAAAUAAUGGAUGUGCAGGAAUGCCAUCUAUUAAAACAUGGUUAAUAUUUAAACAGUGCCUGUAGUCCUCCCUGCAUGCAGUUACCACCUGGAGGCAGUGGUGUGUGUGUGUGCUUGCUUGUACUGUAUGUGUUGGGGAUGAGACUGGGUGGGGGGGAUGUUGGGCAAUUUGGUGACAGGACAUGCAAAUUUUAAGAGAAGUUAAUCCAGUAACUGCUUGUAGAAUAAAAAUGUCUGCAACUUGUUUAGUUAGAAAUCUGUUCCUAUAUCUGGGGUACAGUUAAAGAGUGUCUCUCUAUUUCUUUCUCAGUCUGGCUUACCUAACUUCAUUGAAUGUAUGAAAAAAGACUAAGGAAAAGGAAAGUGAGAGACAAAAUUCAAUAUUUUUCUUUCUCUCCUAAUGCCAGACAAGGCCAUCUGUGUUACAAAUGGAAGCCACCUAUGGUUAUUUACCACUUUGUCUCCCUUGGGCUGAUGACUGAAGGGUCCAGAAGCAUAUUAUAGCUUAACUGUAUGCAGAGGCAUCCUUUCUUGGGAACAAAUUCGGAAAAUGUAUGAAUGAGAAUGUUCUACAAAAAGCUCAACUAAAAGGGACCUUACUAACCUGCAGGAUGUAAGGCAACAGUGCCCCUAAGUGCAUCCCUCUCCCAAGUAACUAGUAGUUCUAUUAUCUCUGUCUUGGUUCCAGGUGUAUGUGCUCUUAGAGGAAACAUUACCUCUGAGAUUUUAGGCUGUCUAUUAAAUUGCCCAAACUCAAUUUACAUCUUUUCUAAAUUGAUUUAAUAAGCUAAAUUUUAAUCACCGAUUAGAUACCCACUCAAGACCUUUCCUGAAGCACAGAGGAUCAUCAUUUAAGCAUGUCGUGUUGUAAUACUAGGAAGACUAGGUGUAAUCUUUGGAUACAAUAUAUUAAACAAUGUACCAGAUUCUCUCCAGUGCCUUAGUCACUUCCUAGUAAUAGAUAAAAAAGAGCAUUAACUCCCUCAGUCCACUUGGGAAUCCUUUAGUAUAUCAGAGCUCUACAUUGUACAUUAGAAUGACUAAGGCACUGUGAAGAAGAAAGUCCAUUAAUUUUUGUAGCUUACCCUCAUCUAGCUAUAGCUAUUUAAUACCCUAUUACAGAAUGACUUUUGGGCUUGAAAUUUGAAUAGAACUAGGGAUUCAGAAGGGAGCUUCCUCAUUUCCAGUGAGCUCCGCUAAAUGCAUGGAUAUUACUUUCUCCCCCUCAUUUGGUGCACUUUUUACAGUGAAUAAUUUCCCAUUUUAUUAAAGCAAUAAGAUGUUCUGUUGUGAGCAGUGCUGGAUGAUGAUUCCAUUUCCUUGGUGCUGAAGCUACUCAUACAUUUUUGCCUUAUGAAUCAUAGUGCAUUCAAGGCAUGCAAUAAUAAUCCCGUUUCAAGGAGCAACCUGUACACUCUAGGGGGUAAUUAUGAAAUUGUCUUGUGUAAUAUUUCCCCAAGGAAUAGAGGGAACAGGAGAAAUAAAAACAUUAUAUAUAUUGUCUUAAAAAGAUCUUGAUACCUCUAAACAUAGCCACACAUCCAUAAUAUGCUCUAAUUGUGCACCUUUUAAUAUGUACACCUUUCUCCAUUAAUUGACUAUGGUUUAAUAUUUUUAAUAGUGCUCUAUGUAUAGAUGAUGUGGUUUGUGAGUCAAAUUUCAUGCUGAGUUAAUAUUCUCAGAACUCCAUAAGCUUCUGGUGGUGUCACUUGAGGUUUUUUAUGAGAUAGAGAAUUACAUGAAAUUUUAGUAAUGCCAGUUCCCACACCAAAUUAUUGCAAUAAGCACAUAUCCAAGCAAUUUGCACAGACCCUGUUUAAAGGAUUGCUUCUUAUAGAGCUCAGUUGACAGUCUCAGGAGUUCGGGAUGCUACCAACAGGGCAUUUUGGGUUUAAUUUUAUAUGAAACAAAAGGAAAUCUGGAAAUAGACAAAUUUAUUUUAAGGAUUUUAUUCACUGAUGUCCCGUCAAACUAAUUGCUUCAAAUCCUUAUAGCUACAGCUCAACUUAUGCACUUGCUUUUCAGUAUUCAUAAGGUGGCAUGCUUGAUUCUUAUUGUUUUUAAAGAUAAGAAAAUUGGGGAGAGAAUACCAUUAUGUCAACUGUAUAGGACUCUGAAUCUUAAAGAUGUAGAUGGAUAUAAUCUUCUUUAGAAUUUAUAUACACCCAUAGAUAUGUAUUUAUAUAUGCAUACAUUUUGUACAAAUUUACAAUGGACUUUUUGUAUUCUCUUUUCUGUCAUUACAAGAAUGAGAUGGAAACCAAAUAGUUGUUCCAUCCUCUUAUCCAGAGAGGAUACUGAGAAGUUGGGUAUAUGCAUGCACUUAUUUCUCUAGAGUGAAAUCUGAAUGACUUUCUCUUUAUUUAAUGAAAGGGGAGAGUCCUGUUUGACUUGGGGGACUUGGUAAUUAGAUAAGCUUCCUUUCCUUGUUAGUGACUCAAAUGUAGCAAUGAUACUGAAUUUAUGACCAUAUCUAUGUGGUCUGAAUAUCUAGAUGGAAAACAAAAGCAUCUAGAAGAGAUUUAGGGCCAUCUAGACCACAAACCUGGAUUGUGGCUCAAUUUUUAAUUUUCAGCCUAUAUGUGGUGUGGAGAUACAAUUUAUAUCUGCAUAGCUAAAGGUAAAAUGAAAAUAUGACCAUUAUCUGUUUAGUUUGAUAAGUAGUAUUUGGGAAAUAUGGAUAAAGUAGCUUUAAAAUACUUUGGCAUCUGACUUUUUCCACUGUUUCUAUCUAUAUCGAUUUAAUUAAUUAGAUAAUGGUUAAAAUUCCAUUUUCCAUUGUGCAGGCAUGCUUUAAAUGCUUUUCUGUGGGUGACAGUUGAGCAACUGCUAGCUGAUAUUAUGUGGGAGUUGUAGGUUAAAUUAGAACCAGAAGCUUAAUCUGGUCAGGCUCCUCAGGUCCAUUCCCAUGUGAAUCUGGACUUUGAGUCUAGAUCUGAAAAGCCGCUCAUCUGGGCUAUUCUUUUUCGGAAAUAGUGUUUGUGGCUCAUAGAUGUUUUAGUUUACAUUAGAAUAAAUUGACCUAUCUACUGAAGGAUACUUAAUCAUUGAAUUGAAUGUAAAUCUUAUUCUGAUUUGUUUUUUAUUUAUUUGAUAACAUUUGAGAAACAGUUUCAAUGGCUUGAAAUCAAUACUUAUUAAUGUCACCAACCUAAUAAUACAAUUGGUGCCGUGUAGGAAUGCUUAGCUUAGGAUAAGAAUUUAAUUAGCUUUAAUUAGGGACAUGUCUUAUUAAGAUGGUCCUAUCUGUGUGAGGGAGGGGCAUGUGAUUUCAUUGGAUUUUUUUUUCUAUUGAGAGGUUAACAACAACAAUAAUGAUGACAAUAAGACCAGCAACAGAAAAAAAAAAGCAAAACAAAAACAAACUGAUUUUGGAACUUGAGUAUAUCCGACAGACAGAAUAAAACAGAUACCAGAAUUCAUGGAAAUUUUGUUCUGUUUUUCUAUCAAUAAAAAAGUUUUCUUGUUAA